AUGGACAUGCUCAUCUCCGAUUCGGAGGACGAGGCAGAUGUGGCCAGUGUCAAGGUGAUUUGGCCAAAGGCGCCAUCACUUCAAGAAUGGGCCGAGUUGGUGCCUGCCGAGGGCGCGCCCGACACACCGCGGCAGCCGCUGCGCGGGCAGGUGCGCCAGAUUACGCCGGAGGUUGUGCAGGAUGACACUGACCUGAGCCUUUUCAAGGUGGAGGGCAAGGACAAAAGCUGGUUUCUGCAGAAGGGCGCCGUCACUUUCGAGCGGCCCAGUUCAUCGAGAUUCCGCCUGGAUGUCACCUUUUCCGGCGGUCCCCGAAGCCGUUUCGGAGACGAUUACGCAGAGCUGAGUCGCGCAGAGCAGGCCGAGACCGUCAACUGGCUGUUGGCGCUUGGAGUCGUCAGACACGAUGCGGUGCUCACUGGCUACAAGGACUGCAAGACCACUGGCUUUUACUUCAUCUUCCAUCUGAACUACCGGCGCACACACUGGCGCAUCAUAGCGUGUCCCCACAACGCCGAAAUCGAGGACUUCGACGGUCAACGGUUCACCUCCGAUCCGCAGGAAGAUGGGCAGUUUGAGCUCGAGGCCUAUGAAGGCCAAGCCCUGUCGGUGGAGUUCGCCGAUGGAGAGUUGUUCAUUUGUGAGCGUGACCAGCGGCCUUCGAUGAUGGCAGCGCGCGGCUGCCUGACGUCGAGUACUUCCCAGCUGUGCUGA